GGCUGGGGACUCCCGGGCUGGAGAUAUAAGCCAGCGCUCGGCAGAUAGUGCACUAUCUGUGCAGACAGGACGGGAGACCGCGGUGUCGUUUAGCAGAGCAGAACCGAGUUGAGAAGGUCAGGCUCAUCUAGAGGGUGUCGGCGGAAACAUGGAGAAACGACUCACAUAUGAAGAUUGUCAGUACACUGCAGAAUGGCUUCUGUCCCACACCAAGCACCGACCUCAAGUGGCAGUGAUCUGCGGUUCUGGGUUAGGAGGUUUGACUAAUAAAUUAACUCAGACCCAGAUCUUUGACUACAGUGAGAUACCAAACUUCCCCCAAAGUACAGUGCAAGGUCAUGCUGGUCGACUGGUGUUUGGGUUCCUGAAUGACAGAGCCUGUGUGAUGAUGCAGGGCAGGUUCCACCUGUAUGAAGGCUACCCGCUCUGGAAGGUGACAUUCCCAGUGAGGGUUUUCCAGCUUCUGGGUGUGCACACCCUCGUGGUCACCAAUGCAGCUGGAGGGCUCAACCCCAAGUUUGAGGUUGGAGACAUCAUGCUAAUCCGCGAUCACAUCAACCUACCUGGUAUUUGCGGUGAGAACCCUCUCAUAGGGCCCAAUGAUGAAAGGUAUGGAGUUCGUUUUCCUGCCAUGUCCGAUGCCUAUGACCGGGAGAUGAGGCAGAAGGCUCAUAGUACCUGGAAACAAAUGGGAGAGCAGAGAGAGCUACAGGAAGGCACCUACGUUAUGGUGACGGGCCCCAGCUAUGAGACUGUGGCAGAGUCUCGUCUGCUGCAGCAACUGGGUGCAGAUGCUGUUGGCAUGAGCACAGUACCAGAAGUUAUAGUUGCAAGGCACUGUGGACUUCGAGUCUUUGGCUUCUCCCUCAUCACGAACAAGGUCAUCAUGGAUUAUGAAAGCCUUGAGAAAACAAACCAUGAGGAAGUACUAAAGACCGGGAAACAAGCUGCGCAGAAAUUGGAGCAGUUUGUCUCCAUUCUUAUGACUAGCAUUCCACUGCCUGACCAUGCUAGUUAACCAGCCCUGGGGUGGUCUGGCUUCUCCCUUAUGGUUUCCAAGUAGUUGCUACCUACUUUGCUGGGGUCACAUGCCUCUGUCCUUACGCAGUAGCAGAAAAGAGAGGAAGAUUUUUAUAUUUCCCUUUCCCACUUCUCCCACCAGAUUCUUCUGGUGCUGGGUCCUCUUUUGCUCAAUUGUCUUCUCAAAACAGUGUCCACCUCUAUUCUUUCACAAGAGCUGGAGCUCAAGCCAAGCCCUACUACACAUCCAUAGAUAUUUGAUGUUGGCUGUUGAACUUGACACAGUAGAAGUCGAUGCUAGCUUUUUGAGAUGAUGUUCUCACAUUCCUGGGGACUCAGUUCUGCCUCCCCCAAAGUACUGGAAACCACACAAGGACCAGCCCAAUACCUUUUAUACUUUUAAUGCUUUAUAUUUUGAAAAUAAAGAGAAAGAUGAAAUAA